AUGGCGGCGGCGGUGGGGCGGGACACUCUACCUGAGCACUGGUCCUACGGCGUCUGCAAGGACGGCCGGGUCUUCUUCAUCGACGACCUGACCCGCACCACCACCUGGCUGCAUCCUCGCACCGGGGAGCCCGUCAACUCCGGCCACAUGAUCCGCUCAGACCUGCCCCGCGGAUGGGAGGAGGGCUUCUCGGAGGAGGGCGCCAGCUACUUCAUCGACCAUAAUCAGCAGACCACGUCAUUUAGACAUCCUGUGACAGGACAGGUUUCUCCAGAAAAUAUUGAAUUUAUUUUGCAAGAAGAACAGAAUUCAUCUAUGUCCAAGCAACAAAUAAACCAAAGACCUUCAAGCAUGGUCAGUGAAACGUCCACUGCAGUAACUACAUCUGCUGUUGAUACAAAACCUGGCUCCAAGGUUGUGAAGGCUGGAAACAAAGUUCAUAGUUUUGGAAAGAGGGAACAAGCUAUCAGGAGGAAUCCCAAUGUUCCUGUUAUAGUAAGAGGCUGGCUACAUAAACAGGAUAGCUCUGGAAUGCGAUUAUGGAAAAGACGAUGGUUUGUGCUUGCUGAUUAUUGUUUGUUUUACUACAAAGACAGCAGAGAAGAAUCUGUUUUGGGUAGCAUACCAUUGCCUAGUUAUGUAAUAUCUCCAGUUGGACCUGAAGAUCGCAUAAAUCGCAAAUUUUCUUUUAAGGCUGUUCAUACAGGUAUGCGGGCAUAUAUUUAUAAUAAGAAUUCUGUUAUUGGCUCUCAGGCAGAGCAUUCAGGGAUGCGGACAUACUACUUCAGUGCAGAUACCCAAGAGGAUAUGAAUGGUUGGAUCCGGGCUAUGAAUCAAGCUGCUCUUAUGCAAACACGCUCUUCACUGAAGAGAGAAACUGAAAAAGUGGAUCAGCAAGCUGUUCCCCAAGCCAAUCAUGUGGAUGCCUGUAAAGAGUGUGUGAAGGCAGAGAUUACAGAUACAAAAGAAAGUUAUCAAAAAUCAGCUGAAAUGCUUGGAUAUGAUAAGCGUGAUGAGAUAAGAAGAGAAAAAGAGGAGGAGAAGCGUUACGUCCACAGAAAAGAAACUCUGGAAGCUAAGAAGGGAAAGGCUAAGCAUGCAUUAACAGAAGCUGAUUCAUUAUUUCCAGACUUAACGAAUGCAUCGCGGUCCCAAGUAGCUCAGCCUCAGCCAGCUGAGAAGAAUGGAACGCUUCCUAGUUCAUUAAGUAUGAGUGCUGGCCUAGUGGAGCAGAAUGGUACCAGCUCAUAUAAAAGAGGGUUUGUUCCCAGAACAAAUCCAGAUAAACAGAUUCAAAGAAAAAGUAACAUGGCUCAAGUGGAGCACUGGGUAAAAGUCCAAAAAGGAGAUACAAAAAGCCUCACUUCUGAUCAGACUCUUCCACGUCAGGGUCCCAAUCCACCUUUUCCUGAAAACUAUCACACUUUGCCAAAGAAUACCAGGCAGCCUUCAGGGAGCUCACCACCACCACCAAACCGCAAUUUGCCGAGUGACUACAAAUACGCGCAAGACCGUGUUAGCCACUUGAAGAUGUCCCAGGAGGAAAGGAAAGCAAGUAAGGAUGGAACUGUUUGGCAGCUAUAUGAGUGGCAGCAGCGACAGCAAUUUAAACACGGCAGCCCCACUGCCCCACUUUAUGUAGGUUCUUCAGAUUUUAUUGAUCGUGGUAAGUCAAAAAGUUCAUUAGAUGUUCCACGAUCAAUAUCUGUUCCACCCUCUCCAUCUGAUAUUCCUCCGCCUGGACCUCCAAAAAGCUUUCCUCCAAGGAGACCACAUACUCCUGCAGAAAGGCUUACAGUUAAACCAUCUGACGAGAGACAGACUGUAGACGUUCCUUUUGCAGGGUCACCCAGGAAGAUACGAAAUCAUGCUGUAAAGAGCUCAACUCACAUUGAUCGACGCUCUAUGCCUGCUAUGGGCUACAUGACACAUACUGUGAGCGCUCCCAGUUUGCAUGGCAAGUCGGCGGAUGACACUUAUAUCCAGUUGAAAAAGGAUUUGGAAUAUUUGGAUCUAAAGGUGACAGGGCGUGACACGUUAAAAGAACGAAGUACAAAACCUGUCAAGAUUGCAGAAAGUGAUAUUGAUGUCAAGCUAAGCAUUUUCUGUGAGCAGGACAGAAUUCUGCAGGACUUGGAGGACAAAAUAAGAGCCCUUAAGGAAAAUAAAGAUCAGUUGGAGUCUGUUUUGGAGGUUUUACACAGGCAGAUGGAUCAGUACAAAGACCAACCACAACACGCAGAAAAAAUUUCUUACCAGCAGAGACUUUUGCAAGAGGAUCUCAUACAUAUUCGGGCUGAAAUAUCCAAAGUUUCAACAGAAAUGGAAAAUGCCUGGAAUGAAUAUCUGAAAUUAGAAAAGGAUGUGAGCCAGCUGAAAAAAGCCUUACAGGAACAGAUGAACAGUUCAUUGGUAUCUCAGGAGAAAACACAAAUACAAAAAGACUUGUGGAGAAUUGAAGAUGUUACAGCUGGCUUGAGUGCAAAUAAAACAAACUACAAAACCAUAGUAGACUCUAUCAAGAAUCCAGAGAGAAAAACAGUGCCUUCAUUUUCUCAGUCUUCAGUGCCUUCCUUACCAGCUUCCCUUGCAACUGUGGAGAGCAAACUUUCAGUCCCACAAAGCCCUCCACGCAGUCCGGUUAAACCCUCUCUGGAGGUUAGGCUGUAUCCACAGCCGUAUUUCCAGGCCAGAACGCAGCACCAAGCACAGCAGCUGAAGAAAAUCGAGCCGCCUCUUCAGUCACCAGUUAAGCUAGAGCCAAAGGUUGAAGAUGAAGCACCGCCCAGACCUCCUCUCCCUCAGUUGUACAGUCCUGAUGAUCAGCCACCAGCCGUUCCACCUCUCCCGAGAGAAGCCACUGUCAUCAGACACACGUCAGUGCGGGGCCUGAAACGUCAGUCAGAUGAAAGAAAGAGAGACAGAGAACUUGGACAGUAUGUAAAUGGAGAUUAUAGGGUGGAACUGCGUUCAUACAUGAGUGAACCAGAACUAGCAACAAUAGGUGGUGACCUCAGCCAACCUUCCAGUGGUUUAAUAAGCUCUGACAGUGGAUACCAGACAUUACCUACCCGUGGUUUAUCUGGAUCAACUUCCAGAUUGCACCAAUCGUCUACCAUUUCAUCAUAUGCAACACUUCGGAGGGAUAGGUCCAAGGAGAGACCAAAGAGUGCCUUGGAACGUUUAUACUCUGGAGACCACCAAAGAGGCAAGAUGAGUGCAGAGGAACAACUAGAAAGAAUGAAACGACAUCAGAAGGCAUUAGUUCGUGAACGCAAGAGAACUCUUAGCCAAGGAGAAAGGCAGUCUGUUUCAUCUCGGUCUUUCAUCAGGCCCAUUUCUGCAGACGUAGGCUCAUGGAAACGAGAGCAAGAAUUUGAUUUGCAGUUACUUGAGAGGGCAAUUCGUGGAGAAGACAAGGAUGAAAAUGAAUGGUUAAAAGUUCAGCCAGUAGCAGUGACAGAGACAGACCUGGAGCCUCAAGACUAUGAUUUAGAUAUCAGCAGAGAGUUGUCAAAACCUGAGAAGGUUGCAAUUCCAGAACGCUAUGUUGAACUGGAGCCAGAAGAGCCUCUUUCUAAAGAAGAACUGGCAGCAAGGCAGCGUAAAGCAGAAAAGAUAAAGAAUAUUCUUACUAAAUCAAGUAUGCACAACCUACAGCCUACUGUUGCCCAGGACAAGCACAACUCAGUCGAUUUAGAUUCACAGCUGCAAGAGCAGGAGCGCAUCAUUACCAUAUCAUACGCUUUGGCUUCUGAAGCCUCUCAGAGGAGCAAGGAGGUAGCAGCCAAAGCAGUAAGUGAACACUGACGUAAGACUCAAAGCAAAUCCCGCCUAGUGACGCCGCAUGGAUGGAAGAGGAGAUCCAUUACCAGCUUUCUGUGAAGAUACUCAUCAGCUGAUGACAUGUUCUUCUGGAAAUACAUUCAGAGAGUAACAGGGGGAUUUUCUAGGAAAAUGAAGAGAAUUGCAAAUCAUUUUAUUUUGACUUCAGUUUAGUUCAGACUUUUUAUAUGAAUAAAUGGCACUUUUAAUAAACUCUGUAAAAUACUGACUAUGUAUUUUUAGGACAAUGUAGUUUAGAAUUUUUUUAAAAUCAAGGGCUGAAUUCAUUUUAGGAGAAACUACUUGCAUAGCUGUAAAAGAUGCUUUUACUUUCCCCUCAGGCUCAGAUGCACAAUGUAAAAUUUCAUGAAAAAAAUGUAAAUGUGAACAAACCUAGAAGCACAUUCAUAGGGUAUGGGUAGAGCUAAUGCAAGUGAGAGUUUGCCGAAAGGGUGUUUUGGAUUGAGUAUGUUUGUAGAGUUAAUCACUCACCCUUUCGCCCAUUAAAUAAUACAUUGCGAGGAACUUUUAGCUUGAAUUUCUAAAUAUCAGUAACCACCAUAUAGCUGAAGUUUUCCCCGAAAGCCAUAAUGAAAGCCAGUUUUAACUCCCGUUGCCUUUUUUGAUCCCAUAUGAUUAACUUGCUGGUAUCAGUACACAGUAUGGUAGGCUGCUCGUGAGGUAGUGCUGUCCCCUCAGUAACAAACAGCUAACAAGUUGUAUUUUUUUGAAAGUUGAGAUGUGGAAGAAGAACACUUCUAAUUAAAAUAUGUGAACUAAGCAAUAAAAAAAAUAUAAUAGGAUAUGUCAUUUUACUAGUAAAUAUGUAUUUUUCUUUUGAUUAUUUUUUUCAAUGAGCAUUACAAUAUGAUGUAUUGACUAGUAUUUAUCCUGGAAAAAGCAAAACUAAUGUAAUGUGGCACCUGCCGAUUUCGUAUGUAUGUUCACCUGGUGCUUAACUUUGCCAAACUUUGAAAUUCAGUGUUUUACUUAUGUAUAGGGCAAAGGGUGAGGUAGUUACAUAAGGAGAAAAUAAGAUUAAAUGAAUUGCUGCAGCUACUUUACUUGAAAAAACUGUGUACGCAUUGAAUGCAAGACAUGCAAAAAUUUCCCGUUCUGUAAUCGUUAGUUGAGUUCAGCUCUGGAUGAGAAAUGACUGAGAAAUACUUCUGCAGUCUUUCGUGAAACUACUAACUUGGUCAUUUGCUGUGUUCAAGUAAAAGCUACAAAACCCUCAAAAUUGACCUUCCAGUUUCAGACUUUAAGAGAAAUCGUAUUAUAUUAACACUAUACUCAGAAAUAUUCUUAAAAGUAUAUAUUUAGCUAAUGCAGUCUAUUUUACCUCAAUACUGCCAGUAUCAACUUCAAAACCUUUUGCCAAAAUAAUGAUUUAUUUUUGCCUUUACAAAAAGUUUUGAAAGCAUAAAUGAAUAUUUUGCAAGAAAACAUUAAUUUAAAUAAAA